CCCGAAACUACCCUGAGCUAGGCUGAGAAGCACGCACGCGCGCUGACCGAGGACGCAUCAGCAGCAGAAGCCAGCAAACAGCUAAAGCUACACGGGGAGCAGGCUCUCGGGCCCACGUCGAUCACGGAAUCCACCGUCGGUCAUUUUGUUCAGACGGACCUCCGACCGGCAGGGGAUUAGAAACGUGCUAGAUCAUAUGUGUUUGAAGGAGGAACGAAGAUCGCAAGAUGGUUCGGGAAACCAGACACCUUUGGGUGGGAAAUUUACCCGAACAUGUUCGUGAGGAGAAAAUCGUGGAACAUUUUAAAAGGUAUGGCCGAGUGGAGAGCGUCAAGGUUCUGCGAAAGCGAGGGUCAGAGGGCGGUGUUGCAGCCUUUGUGGAUUUUGUGGAUAUCAAAAGUGCACAGAAGGCUCACAAUGCUGUCAAUAAGAUGGGAGACAGGGACCUUCGGACUGACUACAAUGAGCCAGGGUCAGUCCCUAGUGCUGUGCGGGGCCUCGAAGACAGCUCCCCCUCCAGCAGUCGAGAGGUUGCAGGAUUCUCUAGGGGAACAGUUGGCCCAGUGUUUGGCCCACCUGUGUCCCUACACACCCGAGAGGGACGUUAUGAACGGAGAAUAGAUGGUAGCUCAGAAAGCCGUGAACGUGCAUACGAUCACAGCCCAUAUGGCCACCAUGAGCGCAGUGGGACAUUUGACAGACGUCACUACAACGCUGAAUAUUACCGUGAUCGUGCCGUGUUUGCAGCUGCUGGCCCGGGCAGUAGUGCCAUCGGAGGGAGUUUUGAAGCAGCAGACCCACAUUUUGAGUCUAGAAUACGAGAUCCAUUUACCCUUACCAGUUCAACAAGACGUGACCUCUACAGAGAUGAUAGAGGGCGACGUGUUGAUCGAGCUUAUCACCACCGUCGAAGCAGAUCAUCUCAUUCCUCCCAGUCAAGGCACCCAUCUCCUCAACGGGCUGCAGGGCAAACCCCAAAAACUCCCCAUUCUCCUAAAAGAACGCCUUUGUCCCCUGGAAGAGGCCCAAGAUCGAGAUCUCACAGCAGAUCAUCGAGCUCGGACUCUGUCAGCAGCACCAGCAGUACAGGCAGUGGCAGUGAUUCAAACAGCAGCUCUAGCGAUGGUUCACAAGCCCGUUCUGUCCAGUCUUCGGCUGCACACGCUUCUCAGACAUGUAUGGUGAUGGAUUCUGAAGAGCCACGGAGGAGUUUUGGAAUUAAAGUGCAAAACUUACCAGUGCGCUCCACAGAUACAAGUUUAAAAGAUGGACUCUUUCAUGAAUUCAAGAAAUAUGGGAAAGUGAAUUCGGUGCAGAUUCAUGGGGCGUCAGAAGAUCGUUAUGGUCUAGUGUUCUUCAGACAACAAGAGGAUCAGGAGAAAGCCCUCAGUGUCUCCAAAGGAAAACUCUUCUUUGGAAUGCUUAUUGAGGUCACAGCCUGGAACGGUCCUGAAACUGAGAACGAAAAUGACUACAGGCCUCUAGAUGGACGUCUAGACGAGUUCCACCCCAAGGCUACGAGGACACUGUUUAUAGGAAACCUUGAAAAGACCACCACUUAUCAGCAGCUCCUUGACAUUUUUCAGCGCUUCGGAGAAAUUGUUGACAUCGACAUCAAGAAAGUGAAUGGAAUUCCUCAGUAUGCCUUCGUCCAGUAUUCUGAUAUUGGGAGCGUUUGCAAGGCCAUCAAGAAAAUGGAUGCAGAAUAUCUGGGGAGCAACAGGCUUAAGCUCGGUUUUGGGAAGAGUAUUCCUACUACAUGUGUUUGGCUUGAUGGUUUGGCUCCUAACAUUACAGAGCAGUACCUUACAAGACAUUUUAUGCGCUAUGGGCAUGUAGUUAAAGUCGUAUUUGAUCGGCUAAAGGGGAUGGCCCUUAUCUUGUACAACAACACAGAUUUUGCUCAGCAAGCUGUGAGGGAGACCAAAGGCUGGAAGAUUGGUGGCAAUAAAAUUAAGGUGGACUUUGCAAGUCAAGAAAGCCAGAAUGCAUUUUACCGCUCAAUGCAGGCCUCUGGUCAAGACAUUAGAGACUUCUAUGAAGUUCCACCGGAACGACGAGAGGAUCGCAGACCUCCUUAUCACGAGUUUACGGCAGAGAGAGCUUACUACGAGAACUUAAGAACCACUGACCUUUAUCCAGAAGAUGCUCGUAGAGAAUAUGCUGCGCGCAGCAGAGAGCGCUUUCCCGGACUGGAACAUUAUCAGGGGGAACACUUUGAUCCACGCUAUCAUGAAGACCCAAGAGACUACAGGGACUAUAGAGACCCUUUCGAGCAAGACAUCAGAAAAUACACCUAUAUUCAAAGAGAGCGAGAAAGAGAGCGGGAGCGUUUCGAGGCUGAUCGUAGCAGGUGGAGCCCAUCUCAUCCAAGGCGAGCUAUUACUCCCACAAUAUCCCCCUCUUCAUCAGAACGGGCUACCAGAGACUCAGAGCGACGUGUUUACAGCCAGUCAUCUGAGAGGAGUGGCAGUGUGAGCUCCAUGUCGCCUUCACAUUUUGACAAAUCUGAAAAGAACAUACUUGAUCAUGCAGCAAAGGGUGAAAAGAGCUCUCAGCCUGAUCGAGUGACAGGGGUGGAGAAACCGAAGCGGCCUAAAAGAAAGGAUAAAACUGACAAAGAAAAGGCUGAAAGAGGUAAAUCAAGGAAACCAAAGCCUCAGUCCCCAGCAAACCCAAUACCAGAAACAGAGACGGAUGCUGGUUUAGAUGGAGGAUCUGGACGAGGAAGAGGAUCAGAUCAAGAUGUUCAUGAGAAACAGAAAUGUAAGUUGGAAGGAGACAAUCUGUCUGGAAGUCAGUUAACUGCUCUUCAAGAGUCUGUUAAAAGUGAAAUGAACAAAUCAGAUAUAGCAGAGGUGGAUGGGAAAACCAGACUCAAAAAAAAUCCUAAGACUGAUGUUGGAAAUGAUGGAAAAGAAUUAGUAGUUGACACAGAUCGCCUUGCUGCAAGAAAAAGGCGAUUUGGAGAUUUAGGUGGCAAGACUGCUCGACAGAAAAGAAGCAGGCUGGAAGAGGAGGAUGGCAGUCAGUCAUCAGACUUUGGAUCGAAUAACUCCUAUAUAAAAGAACCAGAUACUGAAAAACAUAAAGAUUCUCAGCGACGAGAUGCACGACUUAAAACAGAAAAAAGUGUCACUCAAAAGGAUGGACUGGAGGAUCUCAGAGGACAAAGAGAUAUACCUGAAGGAUCUAUAGAGCUGCUGGAGUCAAAACGACAAGGAAGCACUUCUUCCAGAAGGGUCUCAUUAGAAGGGAAUUCAGAUCAAGGCGGUAUUAGAGAGCAAGAACAAAAUGCCUUAUUCAAACUUAAUCAAAAUCCUGAAAAUAAAAACACCAAGAACAAGGAGGACCAUGUUGACAUUGACCUCUCUCAGAGUUAUCGUAAGCAGAUGGAGCAAAACAGACGUCUACACCUGCAGCAGCAACAACAGCGUGAUUCUGACAAACUUAAAAAAGCAGAAAAUCUUCAGAGAAAUGAAGCAGAGGACUUAGAACAUCGUAGUCUUGUGCAUGAAGUUGGUAAACCACCCGAGGAUGUCACAGAUAACUUUCCAUCUCACAAACUCUCUGAACAGUUUGAAGCAGAACCAGGGAUAAAGAGAGAGCGUGUCUAUAGAAGACAAAAAAGUGAAGAUCCUGACUGGAGUGGUACACCCUCUCCAGGACACCAGGUCUUCACUCAUGUAGAUGAAGAAUUCAUGGAUGCUUCUUUAAAAGAGUUGAGUCGAAACAAUCAGAAGAUUCACCCAGAACUUGAGCUACUGGUGAAAAGGACUCAAAACACACAGGUCACCAAGACAAACACCCCUAUGAAUAUCGUUGAAGACGACCCACAAAAGAGGUGGGAGAGCAGAGUAAAACAAGAAAUAUUACCCAAUGUUAACUUUUCUAGAAACUUAAGUAAAACUCUUCAGAACCGCAAACCUUCAGACUAUGGCCUUUGGCAUGAUUUAGAGCCAGGGGAAGUGAGAUCAGACUCUGAAGAGGACAGAGAAAACAAACCCCUCUCUCCUGCCCCCUCCACAUCUAUGCCUUUUCCCGAGAGGCCAAGACCUGAUAGGUUUUCAGACCCAAAGCUAGCACAUCUUGAAAGAAACAAAUUCUAUUCCUUUGCACUUGACCAGACCAUCACCCCUGAUACAAAGGCUCUUCUGGAACGGGCAAAGUCACUCUCAUCAUCUCGUGAGGAUAACUGGUCAUUUUUAGAUUAUGAUUCCCACUUUGUAAAUUUCCGACAUCAGAAAGACACAGAGAAAGUAGAAUCAGCUCCAAGAUCUACACCUUCCUGGUAUAUGAAAAAGAAAAAACGAAGUGGAUCAGAGGUCAAACAGGAUAACAGGAAAGAAGAGCCCAAGCCAGAGGAACAGGAACGCAGAGAACUAUUUGCCUCACGUUUCCUUCAUAGUGCUGUGUUCGAGCUGGAUUCUAGACGACUUCAACACCUUGAGCGCAAAUAUGAAGAACUUGAGCUAAAUCAACAAGCUAGUCAGCAAGGGGCAGAGGGUGAACUUGAGACUGGCCCAGUUGUCCUUUUUCACAGUCGUUUUUUGGAGCUCACGCAACUACAACAACAAAAAAACAAGAGCCAACAGCUGCAAGAGGAUAAAGGAAACACAGUAUCAACAAAUGAAAAUAAAGAGGAAAAACCAUCUGAUCUGGAACAACAAGCUCCACGGCCUAAUGACACACCAGAGUCGAGUGUGGAGGCAGAAAUCAAACCCAUCAGUCCUGUUGAACAAGUUAUUCCUGAGCAAAGACUCACUCCUAAUCUAGUUUCUCAGCCUGUGAUCAAAGACUCGCCUCCUUUAGAUCAGAAGUGCGAGUUACUUCGUCCGGCUACUGAUGUAUGCCCACCCGUGAAACAGGAGAUAAAGGAGGAAGUUAAAGAAAGGGAAGAUAUUAUACCGAUGCUCCAUCCACCAACUGAGACAAUAAAACCUGAACCUGUAUCCGAGACUCUUGAUGAAACUAAAAUUGCUGAGGAGAAGCAGGAAUUUGUUGAAGAGACAAAGCCCCUAGUUGCUGAACAAUCACACUGUCCUGGUUCUCACGAAGAGUUGGUUAGCAUAUCAGAACCAGAGCUAGGUCCUGAGACGUCACAACCUGAAGUGCCUACAUCCAGUAGUCCAAACCAAUCCCAUCUUACUGAAGAGGCAAGUGUAAUCAAGGAAGAGCCUUAUUCUACAUGUCAAACAGCAUUAGAGUCAGAUGGAGAUAGGAAACUUGAAGUUGGUAAAGAGCAAGUUUCUGCUGACAGUGACACAGUUGAAGAGCCAGUCUCCUUUCAAAGAGAAAAAACUAAAGAGCUCAAAACUAAGAAAGGCAAGCAAUCUCCUGCCCAAGUUCCUGUAACACCAAUCUCUGCUUCUGAGAAACAAGCUACACGCAAGAGUGAGCGCAUUGACAAAGAUAAGCUGAAACGCGGCUCGUCCCCAAGAGCCGAAACAAAGUCCACAGCCAAGUCUCCGAUUCCUGGAUCUGACCAUGAUCAACUGAAGCAGAGCUUACCAAUAAGAGGAAGAACACGAAGAAAUGUAAAAUCUAUUUAUGCCACUCCAGUUGAAGAAGCAACACCAACUCGUGGUAAGGAAAUAACAGAGUCACUGCGCCCUGUACGAAAGCGGCCUGCAGAGAAAGAAGCUGCGCAGCACAGUACUGAGCUGGAGGCACCGGCUCCAACUCCCACAAAGCAACGUGGUCGUCCUCCUAAAAACCGCAAACCUGUUGAAGAGGUUUCAGCUUCAAAAGCGGACAAAAUAAAAAUUGACAAAGACAUGGACUCAAAUGAAUCGGAAAGCACAGAAGGAAUUCAAAGACUUAAAGGGAAAUCCCCUCAUAUUACAAAGGGUCAAAUGCCCUCAGCUCAAGGCUCAAAGAAAGGGGACAAAGCUGAUGCAACCGAUGAGGCUCAAGAGAGAAAUUUUACAGAAGCAGAUACUACACAACAGUUAUCAAGUUUGGUCAAAGAUUCUUCAGUAAAAUCUGAUGUAAAUAAAAGUGAAAAAGACAAAGAAGGUGUGGAACUGGGUAAAGAUAAAGAUGUACAUGAAAAAAUAUGUCAGGGUAAAUCGAAUGGUAAUAAUACUGAUGCUUUAGUUAUUGAAGAGCGACUUGUCCCAGAGAAAGAAAAGACCACAAGAGGAAAGCUCAAGUCAGCUGGGGCUUCAAAGCCUCAUGUUCUUAAGGACCUCCAAAUCAGACUAAAUGUCACGGAGGUCAAAGAUCUUCUUCAGCUAGGUGAUGAAGAGUUUGGAAAUCAAGAAGACCUGUCAAAAAAGGUCAGACCUGAUGACCUACCUGAACAAGCUUCAAGGUGCUCUACUGCUAACAAAGAGUCCCCCAGUGAGGAAAAGGAGAAAGAGGACAUAGAAGCUUCAAAGAGCUCAUCCUCACAGGAGCAGGAACUGGAGCAGGCUGUUGAAAACAUAGCCAAACUUACUGACCCAGCAUUUCCAACAGAACCACCAAACCCUUCUGUCCCUCCUGCAGAGGUAAAAUCGGAUCCAGAGGAGGAAAAGCCUUGUAAUCCUGCCAGUGAGACGGAGCUGAUGGCUGCUAUUGAUUCAAUAACUGUUGAAGAAUCAAGUGUACCCCUCACCCCAGCUGCUCCAAUCAACACUGAUGUUGGUUCAGAAUCUGAAAUCAAUGAGUUUGUCCAGCCACUCAAGGUUGAAGAAUCUGAAACCGGUAAUCAGGAGGAAUCUGUCUUAACAAAUACACCCAAAAAGGGUUGGAAGGGAAGGCCCAGAACGCCUAAACGAGCCAAAGCCCCAAAGUAUGCCAGAAAAGAUGUAAAAGAAGAACCAUCAUUAGGUGAGGAGCUAGCAGUCCCUAUUGCUGAAAGGACAGCCUCUGAUGUAAAGAUUGUGUCUGAGAAACCUCCACCUGCUGCUGCGGCUGCCGUUAUUACCCCUACACCCUGGAAAUCAGAGCCUGAACUUCCAGCUGUUAAAGCAACAGAAUCAGAGCUGACAUCGUCCGUAGAAGAACAAACACAAGCCAUGAAGCCAGUACCUCCCCAAGGUCAGAGUCCCAUAUACACCAAGCCUCAACACUUACCAGCUGACUGCGUUUCUCCUUCUCUGACAUCAAACAGGCAAAAUAUCAGACCCAUUCAAACAUGUAGAGCCCCUGUUUCACCACAAGACUGGCGACAACAGUCUAAGGAUGUGUUUGGUUCCUCUGCCAAUAUGUCAGUUGCAGCAAAAGAAGGCCAACCAGCCUCAGACUCCAUUAACAAAGAGCAUGAACAAAGGACAAGUGACUUGAGGCAGAUUCUUAUGAAAACCAAACCUGUUUCACUCCAAGGAAGUAGUUCUGCUCAAACCAAUUUGCCCAGCCCCAGAGAUCAGAAUCCUUCUGAAAGCAACCCUGCCAUUACAGCUGCAAUUCAGAAUAGAUCCCCGCUCCGGGAUAGUAAAACGCCAACUCAAUCAGCAUCAGUUGUCCGAACACCCUCCACAUUAACCUCUGAGACAAAAUCUGUGAUCUCUGUUAUCGCUUCUACGGCAACAUCUGUCAUUAGCCGUGUUUGCAACCCUCUUGAGUCUGAGGAGAAGCCUAAUUUAAACAGUGGAAACCCAUCUAUAGAUAUGCACAAAACAGCCUACAGGCCCAGCAAAGAUGAGGGUGGACCAUACCAUGGACCACCUGAUGAAGCAGGAGCACGCUUCAUUGUUGAUGGCCCCACUUACAACUCUGUGUCUUGCUCUGGUCUUAGAGUAAACACAUCAGAAGGAGUGGUGGUGCUGAGCCACUCAGGCCAGAAAACAGAAGGACCCCAGAGGAUCAGUGCCAAGAUUAGUCAAAUCCCACAAGCAACAGCAGGCGACAUAGAAUCUCAACAGUUGGUGUCGAUUCCCCAGAUUAAGCAAGAUGUAUAUGCUCAUUCUCAGUCAGGACAUCAGAAGGGGCCUUCACAGACAGAUCAUGUGCAUCCUGGUAAACCACAAUCAGCUCUGUCCUCAAUUAAGCAGGAAAGCAGCAGUUUAGAAAAGAUGGAGCCUUCAUACCAGUCAGGGCCUCAAGGAGUUGUUAAGCGUCUCCCAGGACAGGGUAACCAGCAAGUCAUGGGUUAUCACCCGGACUACAUGAAGUUAAAACAUAAAAAAAAAAUGGACAAUAUUGAUCAUGGUACGGAUGGAGUUAAGCCGCCGUGGACCUCUACCAUCAGCCCUGCUAUAAGCCCCCAUCUACCUUCACCCCCUGGGAACCAUGUAGGUUAUGUCACAGCUGGUGACAGAGCUCAGGCACAUCUUGGCACCAUUAAACAGGAGCCAAGAUCCCCACGGAAAUCAGGCCCUCCCCAUCCUCCUUUCAAUAAGGUGUCCUCACCCCUUGGCUCAUCAUCACCUAAGGGGAUCCCUGUAAUGUUAACCUCUGCUCUUAACCCCAUGCAGCAGUAUAUGGCGGGAGUGCACCAUCCAGAGCAGUCCGUUAUCAUGCCACCUCACAACGUGCCUGGAGGCUUGGGAAGAAUGUCUCCUCACUGCGUUUCCCAGACUAGGGUAAACACUCCACCUCUGUCUGUGAUGAACUACGUACACGGUGAGCAGCUGCCUUCUCCUUGGUCCGGUUCAAUGCAGCCACGAUCCUCCUCCCCACAGGCUGUUAGCAGGGACAAGGUCCUCAAAGUUAAUCAUGGUUCUUUGCGAGGUCAUGAGGGAGAACAGGAAGAAUCUAGACACUUCCACCAAGCAGGGAGACCAUCUGCUACCCUGCCAUCUGAUUCUCGAGGAACCUUGAGGACAAAUGUUUUGGAAACCUUCAUAGCUCAGAGAGACAUGCGUGUGCACCUGCAUCAAACUGGGGAGCAGAGAAUGACCUUGGACCCCCAUUCUGGACACAUUCAAGAAACCCUACCACCUUCUGUAUCACCGAGAGCUCACAUUUUGUCUAAAGGCGUGUCUGAGAAGGACCUAAAGUCUCUGGAAGCAAAGAGGCCUCACUCUCCUCUUCCAAAGGAUGGAAUGAUGGGAAUCCGACAGUCUGGCCCUGCAGUUUCAUCUCCCCAGAGGGUUCCACUGAUGCCACCGGGUCCUAGUGGGUCAUUCUCAGAGUACCCAGGAAUGUACCCAAACCGCAUCCAUUCUCAGAUCCCAGACACGUCUGUUGGGCACAACCAGCCACCAUUGAAUGUGACACCAUGUAUGGGUGCAGACCUCCAGACGAAACCAGAUGGCAAGAUAGCACAGCCUGUUAAUAUGGUCCAGUUGCUGACGAAGUACCCCAUAGUGUGGCAAGGCCUUCUGGCACUGAAGAAUGACACUGCUGCUGUCCAGUUGCAUUUUGUAUGUGGAAAUAAAGCUCUGGCUCAUCGAUCGCUUCCUCUGCAAGAAGGAGGUGCUUUGCUCAGGAUUGUCCAGAGAAUGAGACUAGAGGCGUCUCAGUUGGAGAGUGUAGCCAGAAGAAUGACGGGCGACAGCGAUUACUGUCUUCUCCUUGCUUUGCCAUGUGGACGAGAUCAAGAAGACGUCAUAAACCAAACUCAAAAUCUUAAAGCUGCAUUCAUCAACUACUUGCAGGCAAAAUUGGCAGCUGGUAUUAUCAACAUCCCCAAUCCAGGUUCCAAUCAGCCCGCCUACGUGCUCCAGAUUUUCCCACCCUGUGAGUUUUCUGAGAGCCACCUAUCACAGCUUGCUCCUGACCUUUUGAACAGGAUCUCCAGCAUCUCACCACACCUCAUGAUUGUCAUCACCUCUGUGUAACCUACAUUGCUAGGACCCCCUCCCAUCAUUGGACACGCUUGCCCACGAGCCUCAGGAAACCAGAGGAGUCUCCCACAAUUUUUUAUUUUUAUUUUUUUUUUCCUGGAUGCAGUGGGGGGAUAAUUGGUUUGGAUGUACAUUUCUUUUUAUAAAUUUUUCUUUUUACAUAACAUUUUUUUUGCUUUUGUUUGUCACUCCUGUCUGGUAUUUUUGUCCUUCUCAAAAAAACAGAAAAACUCAGGGAUGGAUCAAACCAGAAUGAGUCUUACUUGACCAUUUUUCUGCUGUAUUUAUAUUUAUUGAAGUUUUAUUCUAGUGUUUUUGGAGACGCACCGAAGAAGGAAAAAAAAAAGCAACGUUAAAAUAAGAACUGGUGAUUGUGGGUGGCAUGUCUUUUUUUUCCCUCUUUCUUCACAGGAGGAUCAUUAAAACUGUUGCACUGCAAUGGUUGACGGGACAUUUCAUUGUUUAAUUUUAGAAUAAGUCAUGUACAGACUUCCUCACUUGGCCUUUUAUCCGAGGAAGUAUUAACUUGUAAAUCUAUGGAGAUCCCGAGGAGGAACAUGUUCGUUUAACAGCUACUUUACGUUCUCCAUCUCUGCUUGUUUUUCCUUAACACUGAUGUGGUCACGUUGGGCACGGGCCUUCACAUUGAGCAAGCUUCAAGACUUGUUUUUUCAGUACAGAACAUUGUAAAUAUUUUAAAUAUUUAAACGUCAGUGGAAAAAUGACGACUUAACAGAGACUUUACCUCGGGACAUACGAGAAGUCAGAGUGUGGAAAUUUAGAUGGAUCUUUACUUUUUCUGAUGUAAAUACUUGUAACACAAAGAAAAUUGGCAAACUCUGUAGAGUCUGCUAAUGGCACUUCAUAUUUUGUAACUCAAAUAAAACAAAACUCCAGAAAUAAUGAUUUAA